GAUCCACAACGACUGUCCAUUUGUGCCGUGCGAAUUCAGUUGCCAUUAGCAAUUCCUGUUCGACUGGCCAACCAUGACCUGCUGCUCCUCUUCCGCCCCCGUCGCCGCCUCUGCGCCGCCCCCUCUCCCUCUCCGCUCUCUCCUCCUCCGGCCGGGAGCCGCGUCCCUCAUCCUUCCGGUCUCCCGGGCAUCCCGCCGCCUCGUCCCCGUCCGUGCUGCCCUCUCCGACCCCUUUGUCCUCGAGAUCGCCGAAAAGUUCGAGGACUCCCUCUCCUCCGCGGCCGCUGCCGCUUCUCCUCCCCCUCUCCAGAAGCUUCGCGACUGCUCUUCCCAGUCCUUGCUCUCCAAGCGCUGGCCCUCCAACAAAGACGAGCCCUUCCGCUUCACCAAUCUCGCUUUCCUCAAGAGCUCCCUCCUCCUGCCCGCAUCCUCCCCAAUCGCCCUUCCCGUCGAAACUCCUCUCGAUUCCCCCUCUCCCCACCUCCUUGCUGUAGUCGAUGGCCGCGUCGCUCCCUCUGUUUCCCGCCUCGACGCCCUUCCCACCGGCGUCUUCGUCGGCAGCGUGUCGGCCAUUCCACCAGGACCCACCCUCGACCGGGUCGUGUCAGCCCUAACCGGAGGGUUUACUGACGGGGACCUCUUCUGGGACUUGAACGGUGUCGGCGCUCCUGAUUUGGCUGUGAUCUUCGUGCCCGCCGGCGUUCGGGUGGUGGAUGAGCCGAUUCACGUGCAGUUAUGCUACUCCGAGGGGGGUGACGUUGGGUCCGAGUGUCUUCCUGUGUCGAACCCGAGGGUAUUGGUUGUGGCCGAGAAGGGGGCGGAGGUUGUAAUUGUGGAGGAGCACUUGGGGAUUGAAGAGAAUGCAGAGAGGUGUUACUGGGCAAACUCCGUGAUGGAAAUUUCGAUUGGAGAGGGUGCCAAGGUCGUGCAUUCUUAUUUACAGAAGCAGUCGGUAAAUGCUGCUCACAUCAAGUGGACAUCCACUCGUCAGGAAGCAUCCAGUAUUUACGAGCUUAUUGAGGUUAGUACAGGUGGAAGACUGAGUAGACAUAAUCUCCAUAUUCAACAAUUAGGCCCUGAUACUGUGAGUGAGCUAGCAGCAUUUCAUAUAUCUCGGAACAACCAGACACAAGAUCUGCAUAGCACAUUAAUCUUAGAUCACCCUCGAGGGUAUUCACGCCAGCUUCAUAAGUGCAUUGUAUCUCAUUCCUCAGGCCAAGCUGUAUUCGAUGGUAACAUCAGGGUCAACAGAUUUGCACAACAAACUGAUGCUGGGCAAUUGACAAGAACACUUUUGUUGGCACCUCAUGCGACAGCCAAUGUCAAACCCAACUUACAAAUCAUUGCGGAUGACGUUAAGUGCUCCCAUGGAGCUGCUAUCAGUGACCUCGAAGAAGACCAGCUCUUCUAUUUCCAGGCACGCGGUAUUGACCCCAAAACAGCAAGAGAUGCUCUUGUGUUCUCAUUUGGAGCCGAGGUGAUAUCACGAAUUCCAUUUGAACCUAUCAAAAAGAGUGUAAGUAGUCAAUUAAAGCAUUUGCUAUCGACCCAAUGACCCGAUGAUUAGAUGGAUCGAACUGCCUCAGCUUUCACUCCAAUUGUCAAGCUUUAAUGAAUGAUACAGACAACAUUUGCUAGUUGGCGAUCAGUUGCGAAUUUUACUAGUGAUUAAAAUGUAUGUAGUCUGAGUGGAUUUUUCCCCCCUGUUUUUUGGAGCAUUUGUGUUAACUGUACGGAAUAAUUUGCAGACUAGAAGAAUGCAAAAUCACCCAUAGGUUAACUUGUUGCACUGUUGUAUUAUCUUUAUUUAAAGGAUUACUCUCAAAAUUAAAUAAUC